ACUGCUUCGAACGCUGGCCUGCGAUUGUCUCGAGGAUUCCCAAUUCAAGCCAUAUUUUCGAUCAUCACGUGUGCGGCUGGACAUCACCGGAGGCUAAAAAAAGCAGACGAUUCUUUUCCACGCAAAGACGCUGGUCCGAAUUCCCGAUUGCGAUAAAAGAAGAUCAGCAGUCGGUGGUAAAAUGGCGUCGACGGGAAUCUCCUCUCGCCGCAAGGCGUCCAAGAGACCGAGCCCUGCCGCCGCCGCCGAACCGUCCGCCAACGGACCGGUUCAGGGGCCUGACAACGCAUCGGUUGCGGCCAAGAGAAGCAAGGUUUCUGAGGGCAGUGGCAGUAAAUCAAAGUCCAAGAAGGAAAGCGAUGUUACCUUGUCCCGAAAAGUUAAUGAUGUUGAAAUUCAUGAUAAAGAGAAUCAAGGUGGGAAGCAAGUGCUGGUCUUCAAUUGGACAGCUGAAGAACUUACGCAGUUGAUAACAAAUUUAUCGGCUUGCUUGCCUCGAAAUGACUAUGUGAAGUACACAACUUUAAUAGACAAGUUAGAUUGGGAGAAAGUACGAUUUGGACAGUAUACUGCUGCUCAGUGUAAGGAGAAAUGGAUGCAAAUAGUUACGAAAUUGCGACGUUUUCGUACCUUGACUGAUAUGGUGACAGAUGCUAAAGCUUGGUUGAAACAGCCAUGGUCAUCUUACACUUCUUCCAAAAAACAGAAACAUCCUGAAAUGCCAAAAAAGCCAUUGACACCUUACUUUAGGUACUUUUUGGAGAAAAGAGAAAAGCAUAGUAAAGACAACCCCGAGAUGUCGAUGACAGACCUUGCAAAACUACUGUCAAAAAAAUUUCAGCAACUCCCUGAAAAGAAAAAACAAAAGUAUAAAGAAGCUUAUGAAAAGGAAAAUGAAACUUACAAACGGGAAUUGGAAAAAUUUAAAAAAUGUCAUCCCGAGCAAUUUCCUACUCCUGAAUUGCGUCAACAGGCCACAUCAUCUGAAGGUCCAGAUAAACCUCAUUCAGCUUUCAACAUCUUUGUGGCUGAUAAAUUGAAAAAAGCAGAGUUCAGUCAGAUUGAUCGAAGAGAAGCAAUGGAGAAAUUACGAAAGCAGUGGAGUAUCUUAAAUGAUAACAAAAAGGUUAAAUGGAUUAGAAAAGCACUCUCAGAUGAGCAGCGAUACUUGCUUGAGAUUGAAAAGUAUCGUACUGAACAUCCAGAUUUUCACCCUGAUCCUGUUAAAACAGUUUUAAGUAAAGCUGAGAAAGAAUUGAAAGAUAGAUGUGAUGGAAAACCAGAAAGACCUCCAAACUCUGGAUACAGUUUAUUUUCGCGAAUUAAAUUGAGAGAGUUGAAGGAUUUCCCCUCGAAAGCUAAGAUGGGUGAAAUAUCCCGAAUGUGGAAAGAACUUUCUGAUACUGAGCGUGAAAAUUUCAAUAAACAAGCUCAAAUGGCUAUUUCUAAAUACAAAGAGGAAUUUGCAACCUAUUUAAAUAGUUUACCGGAGAAAGAAAGAGAAAAAAUGAUAAAUGAAAUGAAGCCAGCUGGCAAAAAGAAACCAGUCAAUCAUAUUACUGUUGAAACCAUCAACAAUGACAUAUCAGAAUUGGAAGCCAUUGAUGGAGCCAGACCAAAGAAACCGCUUUCUGCCAUGUUUUACUUCCAACAAGAGAAGUUUUCUGUUGCUUGCCAGAAGCAUCCAGAUAAGUCAAAGCAAGAUCUUAUGAAAAUGCUUGCCAAAGAGUAUAAUGAACUGUCUGAGAAGAAAAAGGACAAGUACAAAAAAAUUGCAGAAGAAGCCAAAAAAGCCUAUGAUGAAGGCUCUACUUCUAAAAUUAAAGUUGAAAAUAGUGGAAAGAAAAAGUUAUUCAAAGGUGAACCAAGGCGACCCCCACAGAGUGGAUAUGGCUUGUUUUCUUCUGAAAAAUUAAGUGAAUUGACGCAUGUUGACCCAAAAAAUCGCAUGACAGAAAUAGCAAAGUUGUGGAAGACUAUGUCUAGUGAAGAAAAAGACAGAUAUGCCAAAAGGGUUCAAGACAUGAUGAAAAAAUAUAACAAGGAUAUGCAAAAAUUUUUGAAGGGGCUAACUGUGGCAGAAUUUCAAGAAUAUGAAAAAUAUCGAAAAGCUGCAAUGAAAAAGAAGAAUAAAAAAGGAACGGAUGGUGCUCAGAAAAUCAAAAAGGAGAGCGAUUCAGACAGCUCAGAUGACGAAUCAUCUGACGAUGACGACGACGAUUCUGAAAAAUCUGAUGUUGAUGAUUCAGGGUCUGGAUCUGGUUCUGGAUCAGGAUCAAGUUCAGGAUCAGAUGAUUCAGGAAGUGACUCUGGCAGUGAAGAUGAUGACGAUGAUGAUGAUGAUGACGACGAUGAUGAUGACGACGAUGAUGAUGAUGAAGACGAUGAUGAGAAAAAAGUAUAUCCUAGAAAUUACAUCUAUUAUCUACUUUAUGUUUCAGAUUUAUUCUAAACUAGCUGCGUCACC